UGCAGCCAGCCAGGCUGGCUCAUGAGAUGGCAAAGGCCAAAGGAAGCAGAGGAGGGGCCGCCUUCACCAGUUGUCUUCUCUCCCAUCACCACAGGCUUCCUGCCCAAAGAAAAUGGCUACAGAAAACCACUCCACAGUGUCUGAGUUCAUUCUUGGGGGAUUAACCAACCGGCCAGAGCUCCAGAUCCCUCUCUUCCUCCUCUUCCUGGGGAUCUAUGUGAUCACCAUGCUGGGGAACAUGGGCAUGAUCACCCUGAUUGGUCUCAACCAGCAGCUUCACACCCCUAUGUACUUCUUCCUCAGUAACCUGUCCUUUGUGGAUCUCUGCUACUCCUCUGUCAUCACACCUAAAAUGUUGGUCAACUUUGUCAACAAGAAGAACAUCAUCUCCUCUACAGGGUGUAUGUCUCAGCUCUACUUCUUCCUUGUUUUUGUCAUUGCUGAGUGUUAUAUGUUAACAGUUAUGGCCUAUGACCGCUAUGUGGCCAUCUGCCACCCCUUGUUUUACAACAUCAUCAUGUCUCAUACUCUCUGCUGCCUGCUGGUGGCUCUGGUCUACACCAUGGGAAUCAUUGGGUCCACAAUAGAGACUGGCCUCAUGUUAAAACUGCACUAUUGUGACAUCUUCAUCAGCCACUACUUCUGUGACAUCCUCCCUCUCAUGAAGCUCUCCUGUUCCAGCACCUAUGAUGUGGAGAUGGCUGUCUUCUUUUUAGCUGGAUUCACCAUUAUAGUAACCAGCUUAACAGUUCUUGUUUCCUAUGCCUUCAUCCUGUCCAGCAUCCUCCGCAUCAGCUCUACUGAAGGCAGAGCCAAAGCCUUCAGCACCUGCAGCUCUCACUUUGCAGCUGUGGGGAUGUUCUAUGGAUCCACUGCAUUCAUGUACUUAAAGCCUUCCACUGCCAGUUCCCUGGCUCAGGAGAAUGUGGCCUCUGUGUUCUACACCACAGUGAUCCCCAUGCUCAACCCCCUCAUCUACAGCCUGAGGAACAAGGAGGUAAAGGCUGCCCUACACAAAACACUGAGGAGAAAACUCAUUUGAUGCAAAUGCUAGUCUUUCUCAAUAUAAGAGCAAAUGGCUGUGACACCCCCAAAAACCCCGACAAGGCUGCCCUCAAUCUGUCAUCCCAGGUGAAUGGAAACAUGCUUCUCCCAAUAGCUAAAUAUAUGCUUCAUCUUCUUUCCUCUUUUUUCUUUCUCU